UUUGCACAGAUUGGAGCGGGUGAACACGUACAGUAGCAUGUCCGCAGCUCCGAUUAGACCAUCUACGAUGCAGUCGGGAAAGAUGAAAAAGGACGAGUCUUUUCUGGGAAAACUGGGAGGCACGCUGGUUCGGAAGAAGAAAUCGAAAGAAGUGAGCGACCUCCAGGAAGAGGGGAAGAAUGCCAUCAACGCCCCCCUGCAGCCCUCCAGCACAGACCUGCUCCCCGAGGACACUCUGCUGGAGGAGAAUGCUGAAAGGACCAUGUUGGACCCCACAUCCAGGGACAGCCCCAAGUUUAAAGACCUGCAGAAGGUGUUAAUCGACUGGAUCAAUAACGAGCUGGAGGAGGAGAGGAUCAUCGUGAAGGACCUGGAAGAGGAUCUCUACGACGGCCAGGUGCUGCAGAAGUUAUUUGAGAAGCUCUCGGGGCGGAAGCUGAAUGUUGCGGAGGUGACGCAGUCAGAGAUCGGGCAGAAGCAGAAGCUCCAGACAGUGCUGGAGGCUGUGAACGAGCUCCUGACUCCUCAUGGCUGGGCCAUCGAGUGGAGUGUGGACUUGAUCCACGGCAAGAACCUGGUGGCCAUCAUCUACCUGCUGGUGGCUCUGGCCAUGCACUUCCAGGCCCCUAUCCGCCUGCCCGAGCAGGUGUCUGUGCAGGUGGUGGUGGUCAAGAAAAGAGAGGGCAUCCUACACACAUCCCAUGUGACUAAGGAGCUGACCACUACCACAGAGAUGAUGAUGGGAAGAUUUGAGAGAGAUGCCUUUGACACUCUCCUGGAUCAUGCACCUGACAAACUCAAUGUGGUUAAGAAGUCUCUCAUCACCUUUGUGAACAAACACCUGAACAAGCUGAACCUGGAGGUGACGGAGCUGGAGUCUCAGUUUGCCGAUGGGGUGUACCUGGUGCUGCUGAUGGGUCUGCUGGAGGACUACUUUGUUCCCCUCUAUAACUUCUUCCUCACCCCGGAGAACUUUGAGCAGAAGGUCCAUAACGUGGCCUUCGCCUUCGAGCUGAUGCAGGACGGGGGGCUGAAGAAGCCAAAGGCCCGGCCGGAAGGUACUGGCGUUGGGCAGGAAGGGGAAGGAGUGGGGGAUGUGGUCAACUUGAACCUGAAGUCCACUCUGAGGGUCCUCUACAACCUGUUCACCAACUACAAAAAUGCAGAGUGAAGUUCCCUUGGAGAGAAGCGAACUCCCCCACGCGCUGGAGCCUUAAGACUGGAGUCCCACAAGGGGGCGCUGUCUAGCCUCCCUUGAUUUUACCAAGCCCACCCGGGGGGUCCUGUAAAGGGAUGCUAUUUGACCUUCUCCUUUUACCAAAUCUGCCCACUGGAGUAACUGCCCUGCCCACUGGAGCCUUAAGACUGGAGUCCCACAAGGGGGCGCUGUCUAGCCUUCCCCUGUUUACCACCUUCUGCAGGAAUCUCUAACCCCCCUCUUUGUGUGUCACAUGACUCAUCAGUUACCAAAGAGCUGAGGCUGGCUGUGUCUGUUUCAGUGUGUGAUUGGCCCUUGAGUCAACGCUGCAGAUUCUGAUUGGAGUUUCAACUGAAAGCAUGACAGGAUUAAAAAAAAAAUUUCAUACCGUACUUGAUUUUAAAUUGUUGAGGGUAAACCACUCGCUGUUAAACGUGUUGUGGUGUCAGUAAGUAUAUUUGACAUUGUAUUGCCUGGACUAAGAGAAUGCUGUUCCAUGUGUGUAUUUUAUGCAACAAUUGAAAACGUCUGAUGUGACACCCACUAUUUUAAUACAACUGUUUUUUCAGUUUAAUGAAUUGUGUAGUCUGUUACAAAGCAUAUUUAUGAUUAAUGUAAAUCCCUUUGCUCAACCAGUUUCUACCUGUCUUUAGAAUGUAAUGGGCAUUCUGAAUGAGUUACUGUCCUGUGGCGCUCUGCCCCCGGUGGUCAGGUGAGAGAACAGAAGUGUCUGUGAAAAGCCAUGCUGCAUAUGCAGAGACUGUUCAUGCAUGUUUGCCUAAAAUUCAGCUGAUCAAAAUGAUUUGUCAGGCAUACUGUAAUAUAAAUGGAUUGUGAAGAGAAAACAUGUCAUUUAUCUGCUCUAGUGUCUCUGAUUAAAUGAAAUCGUA